AACUUUUUCUUUUUUGGUCAAAUCAUCUGGGCAACAAAGUUCCUCUCCGGAUUAUCGUUUCUUUCUAACAAUAUCGUAGUUAGGAACUUUUUUUUGUUUUUUACUCGCAGAGACACUUUUUGAUUGGAGCGUGUCUCUUUCUUGUUCCGGCUCUCUUGGUUUGCUUAGGAGCCAAAUCAAUCUAGGUUUUUGGAUUUUUUGCUCCCAAGAAGUCCACUAGGAUUCUUGGUUCGAGUGUUGUUCCUUAUACAAAUAAGAUGUCACGAGUCGAGAGAAUUUCGAUGCGUGAUGUGAAGAUGGCGGGACUUUGUAUUGGUGAACACAUUAAAGACGAAGCCGCAUCGCAGCUCGAUCUCCAAGAAGCUCUAUUAGCUUCUAGACAAGCUACUCCUCACCCUUACUCGACUCAUCCAGAAAAGUGGCCGCCGUUGAUUGAGGUGGGAGAGAAUUGGAAAUUGCCUCGUGAAGUUCUUGAGAGGUGUGAUGCAGCCGAUAAGGUUUUCUAUGGAAGUUUUCCGGAGAUUGAAUGUGCUUGGGCAAUUUUAGACAAUUCUUUUCUCCUAUGGAGUUUUGUGAAAAGGAAUGGGCCAUGUCAUCAGUAUAACGUGGAGGAGCAUCAUAUUUGUGCGACUGGCCUAGCCAAAUGUAGACCUGGAGUGUUUCGUGAAGAAAUUAGAUAUCUAUUGGUGCUCGCAACUGAUGUUGAGUUGGUUCUUGUUGGAUUGUCCCUCACUAAAGGACCUGAUGGUAGAGAUCCUAAUGCUGAAAUUUUAGUAAAGCCUCUGCCUGGCUAUACAAUCUUAUCUGAUGGAGUUGCAAUGACAUGCGUUACAUCUACCAAUAAUGGGCGCAUUUUCAUGGCUGGACAUGAUGCUCACAUAUAUGAGCUGCUAUAUACAACUGGUACAGGGGCUGAUCAACGUUGUCGUAAAGUCUGCCUCACUGCAGGCACAACUAGUAUGAUCUCGAGGUUGGUUCCGCCAAAAGUAUUCCAGUUUGGAGCUGUAGAUCCUGUUGUAGAGAUGGUUGUUGAUAAUGAAAGGCAAAUUUUAUAUGCCCGCACUGAAGAGAUGAAACUUCAAGCAUAUGUUUUUGGGCCAAAUGGGGAAGGCUCUCUUAAGAAGGUGGCAGAAGAAAGGAAUCUAUUAAAUCAGAGGAAUGCGAGCCUAGGAAUUCGUCAGUCCACAAGGCCAGGUCGAUCUAACAAGCCAUCCAUAAUCAGCAUUUCGCCAUUGUACAUGCCAGAAUCGAAAUGGUUGCACCUUGUUGCAGCAAUGUCAGAUGGCAGGAGGAUGUAUCUUUCCACUUCCUCAAGUGGAAGUGGUAGUAGUAUUAGCUUCACUCAGACUCCAAACUGUCUGAAAGUGGUUUCAACUAGGCCAUCACCUCUAUUAGGGGUCGGAACAACUCAGAAUGUUGAAACAGCAGAUUUUUUGUUUGGAACUCUUGUUCUUUCAGAUGUAUCGCCAAAUUCUUUCGUUUCGCUUCAUGUUGUUAGCAGAGAUCCAACCGCGCACUCUCAGGCUGGCAGCAGUUCAGGGCAAAGUUCUCGGGCUUUACGGGAAGUUGUGUUUACUCUACCCAUCGAAGGUAGUAUAGUUUUUGUGACAGAUGUACUCCCGUCUUCUGAUACUGCCGCUACUGUUCAAUCAUUAUAUGCAGAACUUGGUUACUGUGGACUCGAAGUCUCGGGAGAGCCUUAUGAAAAGGCAUGUGCAAAGCUCUGGGCCAGAGGUGAUCUUUCGACUCAGCAUAUUUUGCCAAGGAGAAAGAUUGUUGUCGCAACCACCAUGUGUAUGAUGGAACUGGUUUUGAAUCGACCUGUCGAUAUUUUGAGAAAGUUUUUGGAAUCCAACCUUCCAAGGUUCCUUAUAGAAGAUUUUUUCAUCCGAUUUGGAUUAGGCGAAGCAGCUGCCAUGUGUAUGAUGUUGGCUGCCCGGAUAAUAGAUUUUGACGAUUCAGUUUGUUAUACUGUUUCCGUUAAAGCAGCUGCCACGUUUGAUGACAUGAGUCACGUUUUUCAAGAAGGCAAGCACGCUUUCUCAGCUGCUCACGAAGGGAUCUGCCUGUGUACAGCAAAAUUAUUGUUUCCCCUAUGGAAUAUUUCUGUGAUGUCCAAAGAGACCAGUUCUGAUGGAAUGAUUAGUUUUCGUCUUUCUACUGGUGCUAUGAAUGUGUUGGAAAGUAAGAUUCGUUAGUUGGAACGAUUCUUAAGAUCUAGAAGAGAGCAGCGAGAGGGGCACUAUGGAUUUUUUACUAAGAAAUUAUUUGAAGAAUCUUCCAGCAGAAACGAGUCAGCAAAUAAAAGACAGCGGUUUCAAUAUAGUAGUCAACGAUUGACUGCCGAGGAGGUGAGGUCCAUCGAGUGUACUAGGCAGUUGCUACUCAGAUUUGCAGAAGCCCUUUACCUACUCCAAUUUCUUUCUCAACAUCUUGUUGUAUUUCAAGGGCUUGAUGCAAGAUUAAAGCAAGCUUUGGUUCGGUUGACAUUCGAUCAGCUAGUUUGUUCUAACGAUGGUGAGCGAAUUGCAACAAGGCUCGUAUCUGCUGUGAUGGAGAAUUAUAAUGGCUCGGAUGGUGAGGGAAGAGUUGACGAUAUAAGCAGGAGACUUCGUGAUGGUUGUCCAAGUUACUUAAAAUAGGCUGUUAGGAGAUUACAUUAACUUGGACAUUGACUCUUGUGGUUGAGUCAAUGGUACUUAGCUUUACCCUGAUGUCAAAUACAUGACCGUGAGUUUAUUGAUACUCUUUUCUAGAAUUAUAACCAAAUAGCAAAAGGAUCACUCCCAUUUUUCAGAUAUCUCUUUACACUUCCAGAACAUGUUUUUUUUUUUUUUUUUUUGUUUACGAACCGUUCUCUCCCAUGUAGCACUAGCUGUACCUAAUUGAUCUGAGUUUGGACCGCAAA